AACUCUGUGACAAUAAGCUUGUAAUUGAAAUCUAGCGUUAGCACUCCUGCUACAACCAGGCGGUCGAUGUGUUGUUGCUAAGGUUAAUAAGUGGCAUUUCCCCUCACCACACACACUGUUCAGUGGUGGUAUGCGAUUUUAAAUGGUCAAAUGUACAGAGGCACAUCGAGAUAGAGAGCCAAGGAUGUCUCAUUACACAGACGAGCCUCGCUUCACCAUCGAGCAGAUCGACUUGCUCCAGAGGCUGUGGCGUACGGGCAUGACCAAGCAGGAGAUCCUACACGCCCUGGACACCCUAGAUCGGCUGGACCGCGAGCACGUGGCCAAGUUUGGACAUCGCACCUCCUACGGGGGAGGAGCAAGCAGCUCUGUGUCAGACCCUAAUUGCACCACCUCCUACGGGGGAGGAGCAAGCAGCUCUGUGUCAGACCCUAAUUGCACCACCUCCUACGGGGGAGGAGCAAGCAGCUCUGUGUCAGACCCUAAUUGCACCACCUCCAACAACACUGCAGCCACCACCUCCUCAUCCAGUAUGACUGUUGAUGAUGAUAAUAAUAAUAAUAAUUCCACCAGUGGGAGCAGCGAGGUUAACAACACCACCCUGGCCUCUUCCUGCACCAACUCUACCGUCGCACAGACACAGUACCUCUCACCGCGCGGGGGGCUGUCCCCGUCGCCUAGCAACAGCUACGACACCUCCCCACUGCCCUCCGCCGUCCGCCACUCCCCAGUGUCACUGGUCACCAUGGCGCAGAACGGGGGGCGGGACAGCCUGGCGGCGACGCCCAAUGGGAAGCUCUCGCCGCCGCGGUACCCGGUGAACAGUGCAGCGGCCGCCAGGGCGUUCGGGUUCGAGGCAACUGAGGAGGAGCUGGAAAUCGAUGACAAGGUGGAGGAGCUCAUGAGGAGAGACGGCAGCAUUGUGAAGGAGGAGAUCAAGUCGUUCCUGGGGAACAGGAGAAUCUCUCAGGCUGUGGUGGCCCAGGUCACAGGAAUCAGUCAGAGCAGGAUCUCUCAUUGGUUGCUUCAACACGGCUCUGACCUCAGUGAACAGAAGAAGAGAGCUUUCUACCACUGGUACCAGCUAGAAAAGACCUCCCCAGGUGCCACUCUAAACAUGCGACCCGCCCCCAUGGCCAUGGAGGAAAUGGAGUGGAGACAGACCACACCCCAUAUAAGUACCGCCCCAGGAAUCUUCCGGCUACGCAGAGGAAGUCGUUUUACCUGGAGGAAAGAAUGUCUGGCUGUGAUGGAGAGCUACUUCAAUGACAACCAGUACCCUGACGAAGCUAAGAGAGAGGAGAUCUCUAACGCCUGCAACGCUGUCAUCCAGAAACCAGGGAAGAAGCUCUCGGACCUGGAGAGAGUCAGCUCUCUUAAAGUCUACAACUGGUUUGCCAACCGACGCAAGGAGAUCAAGAGACGAGCUAAUAUUGAAGCCACAAUACUGGAGAGCCAUUGGAUAGACGUCCAGAGUCCUGGAGGACACUCCAACAGCGACGACAUCGAUGGAGGCGACGACACAGAACAGGCCUGUGACCUGCCCUACUUCGACAAGAGACCCAUGGCCAGACCCUUUGGCUUCUACAGGCUGGAGCCCACUUCACCCACACAGGACGAUGGUACUGACCACCAGGACCCCAUCUCUCUGGCUGUGGAGAUGGCUGCAGUCAACCAUACCAUCCUGGCUCUGUCCCGGACCGGAGGGGUGCCCAGCAACAUCAAGACAGAGGUCCCGGACGAUGACUGAAGAGGUGGUUACUACUGGACAGUGACUGGGAGGAAGGAGUGGAGAGGGAAGGGUAAUAGCCAAGAGAGGAUAGGGGGGGUGUGUGAGAGAUUGUUUGUGGUUCAAGGAAUGUGAAGAUGACCAAAUGAAGCUAUCAAACUCCAGCCACCCUCCUUCCCCUUGUUCUCAGCCCCUCCACGGUCCCAGUGAACUGUACCCUCCUUCCCCUUGUUCUCAGCCCCUCCACGGCCCCAGUGAACUGUACCCUCCUUCCCCUUGUUCUCAGCCCCUCCACGGUCCCAGUGAACUGUACCCUCCUUCCCCUUGUUCU